AUGGAGCGCGAUGGGGAAGAACUCGAGCGGGUAGCCUCCAACAAUCCCGCCAUGACAGCGCCUAUGACCUCAGCAAUCUCGAGCCGCAACGAUGACUCGGAUGGGCACAUGGAGGUUUCCAACCCAGCAGGCGACACUGAAGGCCUGGAUAUGACUUCGGACGCAGAAGGAAACCAAUUCGUUUCCAAGUAUGAUCGGGGCUGGCGUCGCGUCGUCCGAAACUUCUCCCCCUCUUGGUUCAGCACGACGAUGGGCACAGGUGUUGUUUCUCUGCUCCUCAUCACGAUCCCCUUCCAGGCCACCUGGUUAUAUUGGCUAUCGGUAAUAUUCUUCGUGCUCAACAUCAUCAUCUUCGCCACCGCUCUAAUCAUCUCCAUCUUGCGGUACGUCGUCUACCCCGAGAUAUGGACGGUGAUGAUCCGCGAUCCUACGAACUCCCUCUUCCUGGGCACCAUCCCCAUGGGCUUUGCAACCUUGGUAGAGAGCUGGUACGUCCUCUGCUGCCCGUACUGGGGCCACUGGUCUGUGAUCCUAGCCUGGGUCGCCUGGAUGAUCGACAGCGUAGCGGCAUUCGCCGUGACCGUCAGCCUCAUGUUCCUACUCAUGUCUGAGAGCCACCAGAACCAGUUGGACCGCAUCACGGCCGCCCAGCUGCUCCCCAUCGCGGCGACCAUCGUGGCCUCGGGCGCGGGUGCCGAGGUCGCCGAGCUGCUGCUUCACAUCGGCCUGCCUGACCACGCGCUGGGCACAUUGAUCACCAGCUACGUCAUGUGGGGGAUGGCGACGCCCUUCGCAAUGGCCGUGCUCGUCAUGUACUACCAGCGCCUGGCCCUGCACAAGCUGCCCCCGCGCGAGAUCAUCGUGAGCAGCUUCCUGCCCCUGGGGCCGCUAGGCAUGGGAGGCUACACCAUCUUCUACCAGGGCAGGGUAGCGCGCGAGCUGCUGCCGCAGGUAGAGGUGCUCGCGCACGUCCCCGCCGCCGGCGAUAUGCUGUAUGUGAUGGGCUUGCUGGUGGCGCUGGUCAUGUGGGGGUUCGGGAUUGUGUGGAUGCUGUUUGCGCUGGCUGCCAUCUGGUCUGCGAGGCCGUUCCCGUUCAACAUGGGUUGGUGGGGGUUCACGUUCCCUCUCGGCGUGUUCUCUAUCAGUACCAUAACCUUUGGCACAGAGCUGCCCAGCAUGUUCUUCAAGGUCCUGGGCACAAUGUUCAGCGUGGCGGUCAUCUUAUUGUGGUGUGUGGUUGCUGCAGGUACGGCAAGGGGAGCCUGGAGCGGUAAGCUCUUUUAUGCGCCAUGCUUGAGAAAUUUGCCACAGGUCCAACAGGAGGAGGAACUGCCACAGGCUCAGCAGAGGAAGAGGCUAGCAAUAGAAAGAGAUGGCGACUCAAAGGAGGGUGGUUAG